UCAUGUCCUGUGACCUUCAGUCCCCAACUUGUCCCCAGAAAGAAGCCAGGGUAGGGGCUGAGGGUAUGCCUUCACUGCCCCCCCAGGAGAGGAUGAAUCAUGGGUGGGGGGUGGCCUCAAGCUAGAAGAUGGGCCCCAGCUCUCAGCCCAGGGGCUGAGGGAGAUAAAUGGGCCCUGAAGGGGGUGGAAGAGCAGACCAGUACAGAGGAGCACCGCCUGGCACAGCUCACCCCAGAGGAGGCUGCUACUGCCUGACUACAUGAUGACUAGGUGGGCUCUGCUCACGCUGAUGGUCCUGACAUUGGGCAGGACCCUGCUUGUCCCAGCAACCCCCACCCCAGGCUCCCAGCUCCUCCCUCAGAACCUUCCCCAGGCCACUGCCUGCCCCGUGACCUCGGAGAGCCCCUCAGCCAGCACCACGGCACCCUCCGCUGCGUGGGGCCACCCCAGCCCCGAACCCCACCCUGGCCCCCGCAUCGCCCUCUCGCUGGACGUCCCCCUUGGCCUCCUGCAGAUCUUACUGGAGCAGGCCCGGGCCAGGGCUGCGAGGGAGCAGGCUGCUGCCAAUGCCCACAUCCUUGCCCAAGUCGGCCGCCGCUGAGCCUGAGGGAGGCGGUCACAAGGAUGGAGCCACCCUGGAUGGGGCAGCGGCGGAGCUGGACCGUACUACAUCUGGACACGGCAGAUGUAGUGACUCCACCACAUGGAGUCACUGUCAUAUCAAAGUGCCUCACAGAGUUAGUGUGUGUGGACAGCAUGCACGUUGCCACGCCAGGUUGCCAAUGGACUCUAGCCACUCCUAGGAGCCCCCCAGACUUACGGUAUAUGUCUGGAGAGCUUGGACACUAACCGUGGAUGGUCACUACCACAUGGAGUCUGGUCAUGUCUGGGUCCCACAGUCAAGAGCCUCUGGACACCAUCAUACAGGGUCUCUGUAAUGCCACUUACAGGAACCUCAACACCGGACACCACGGCUGCAUUGGAGAGAACUGCCCAUCUAAGGCCAGACCCAGAGGUCUGCCCUGCCCCCACGGGUCACCACACAGACAGGUGCUGGUGGAGGUUCCCAGGCAGCACCCACCCCAGACAUCUGAUUGG